UAAAAAGGAAAUGUUAAUGUUAAUAAAGUUUGUUGGAGUUGCAACGGUGACGUCAGAGCGGGUGUAGCAAGAUGGCGGCCCCGUUGGCGGCGGAGGGUGCCUCUUCGGAGGACGAUGAAGACAGCGGCGGGAGGAAGGUGCGGGGCAGGCCCCGGCUGACAGACACGGACCGGGUCCGGCGCCGACUGGAGUCCCGGAAGAAGUACGACUGCCGCCGGGUGUACCUGGGAGAGGCGCACGGAGCCUGGGUGCAGCGGAGAGAGAAGGGGGCGGAGAGCGAGGGCGGGGCCUGGACUGACGCCAAGCUGGCCGCUUACCUGCUGGAGCUGGAGGCGCGAGGGGGUAACUCCUUCCCCUUGAAUGGUCCAAUGGAGCCGUCCUUAAAGCCGCAUGAAGAGCAUCAGACGGGCUCACCGCACAGGACUAGACAGCGAGACUGUGUGAACAAUCUGCUCAGCUUGGUGACCUGGUACUGCGGUCACAAGAGCCACUGCCCUCACGAGCCUGGCCUAUCGGAGCUGAACUCUGGGAAUGACUUCUAUACCACGGUGGUGUGGCAGUGCCAGGCAGGACACCACUUUUACCAGGAAUUGCACUGUCCCUUGAAGGCUCUAAACCAAAUGGGAUAUGAAGAUGGAGCGGAGUCAGAUGAUGACUCCUCCCGGUCUGCCCCCCUGAGCCAGUCCACAGGAACGUGUCUAAACUCAGAGCAGCCUGUUCACGCUUUGUACUCCCAGCCAUUGGAGAAUGUGACACAGGGGGAGGCUGUGUGCACGGAUGACACAGAGACAGUAGUGUGUGUCCCCAUGGAGUCUGCAGCCAGGGAGCUCUUUGAAGGAGUAACCCAAGAAGCUCUGGGACAGGUGGUGGCUGCUGGCUGCCCUUCUCAGGUCAUCAUCAUUGCCGGACCCGGGUAUGAGGCAUUGGCAGCCGAGGGGAUUCAGCUGGACAUGGCGAAUGGGUGCAGCGAGGAAGAAGGCACCGGUACAGUACUUGAGGCCGUGUCUGCAUUCACACAGACUGAUGCAGAGGAACAAGAAGAGGAGCAGAGUGGUGCAGUGACCAUGACAGAGGAGGACGCACUGUACACCCUGGAAGGGGAGCCGGAGGAAUGUGAAGCUCCCAGACUGGUACUCAGUUCCCAGUUACCUGAUGCUGACUCCAUGGAGGAACUAUCUGGACCGGGACCUUUGGUUAGCGUGGACUGCCAGGCAGAGAACACAGCGCAGGUUCCAAGAGAGCCUGAGAAGAAGAAGAAUCGAAGAUCCCGUGCUGCAGAUGCUGAUGGAGUGUUGGAGAUGUUCCACUGUCCCUAUGAGGGCUGCGCCCAGGUCUACACGGCCCUCGCCAGCUUUCAGAAUCACAUCAAUUUGGUGCACAGGAAAGGCAGGACCAAGGUGUGCCCAGAGGCCGGCUGCGGGAAGAAAUUCUACCUGUCCAACCACCUUCGCCGCCACAUGAUCAUACACACAGGGAUCCGCGAGUUCAUCUGUGAGACGUGUGGCAAAUCAUUCAAAAGGAAAAGUCACCUGGAGGUGCACAGAAGAACCCACACAGGGGAGACCCCUCUACAGUGUGAGGUUUGCGGGUACCAGUGCCGGCAGCGUGCCUCUCUUAACUGGCACAUGAAGAAACACGGCUCGGAGAUCCAGUACAGCUUCUCCUGCGAGCAUUGCGGCAAGCUUUUUGAGAAACGUGAGAGCGUCAAAUUCCACAAACUAAAGAGCCACCCAGAAGGAGAGGUCACGUGACAUGACACAAGGGUUCAGCUGACCGAUACGCAUUCAUGUUACACUGAGGGAAAUUAGAGGGUACAGGGUCAGAUGAAUGUGCCCCACCCUGGUAGGACGUAGUAUGUGAAGAACAUCCAUUAGUGACUGCU